AUGCUAGCCACUGUUGUCGCCAAGGAACCCAUUGUUGAGAAAUAUUGUUUCUUCACAACUUCUUGGAAUCUCAAAUGUAUCAAAUUCUGUAACCUCGAAAUUCCAGAAUUUCGGAGCAUCAGAAACUCGGAAUCUCCAAAUGUUAUGAUCCCAGCUUCUCAGAAUCUUAGAAUCAUAGAAACUCGAAAUCUCAGAAUCUCAGAAACUCAGAUUCCCAGAAUCUCAGAAUCUCAGAAUCUCAGAAUCUCAGAAUCUCAGAAUCUCAGAAUCUCAGAAUCUCAAAUCUCAGAAUCUCAAAACUGCAGAAAUUCAGAAUCUCAGAAUCUCAGAAUCUCUGAAUUUCAGAAUCUCAGAAUCUCAGAAUCUCAGAAUCUCAGAAUCUCAAAACUGCAGAAAUUCAGAAUCUCAGAAUCUCAGAAUCUCAGAAUCUCAGAAUCUCAGAAUCUCAGAAUCUCAGAAUCUCAGAAUCUCAGAAUCUCAGAAUCUCAGAAUCUCAGAAUCUCAGAAUCUCAGAAUCUCAGAAUCUCAGAAUCUCAGAAUCUCAGAAUCUCAGAAUCUCAGAAUCUCAGAAUCUCAGAAUCUCAGAAUCUCAGAAUCUCAGAAUCUCAGAAUCUCAGAAUCUCAGAAUCUCAGAAUCUCAGAAUCUCAGAAUCUCAGAAUCUUAGAAUCUCAGAAUCUCAGAAUCUCAGAAUCUCAGAAUCUCAGAAUCUCAGAAUCUUAGAAUCUCAGAAUCUCAGAAUCUCAGAAUCUCAGAAUCUCAGAAUCUCAGAAUCUCAGAAUCUCAGAAUCUCAGAAUCUCAGAAUCUCAGAAUCUCAGAAUCUCAGAAUCUCAGAAUCUCAGAAUCUCAGAAUCUCAGAAUCUCAGAAUCUCAGAAUCUCAGAAUCUCAGAAUCUCAGAAUCUCAGAAUCUCAGAAUCUCAGAAUCUCAGAAUCUCAGAAUCUCAGAAUCUCAGAAUCUCAGAAUCUCAGAAUCUCAGAAUCUCAGAAUCUCAGAAUCUCAGAAUCUCAGAAUCUCAGAAUCUCAGAAUCUCAGAAUCUCAGAAUCUCAGAAUCUCAGAAUCUCAGAAUCUCAGAAUCUCAGAAUCUCAGAAUCUCAGAAUCUCAGAAUCUUAG